AUGGUUUGUGUUCACACCAGCCCAAAAGUUGAGAAGAAAGUGGCUCUGGAGAAGGAAGCCAAGGUCAACAUCCUGGAGGCCGGCGUCACUGAUGCGAGCCAGAUCAGUCAAAUCUCGACCAAAUACAGCCAAGCAGAGUCCACCAAGUUCCUCAUCCUCACCGUGGUGUCCAUCCUGUGCAUCGUCGGCGUGCUGCUGGCCUCCACCGUCGUCUACUGCCUCCGUCACCGCUCGCACCACAAGCUCAAGGAGAAGCUCACCAACCUGGGAACGGAUACUGGCAGCGAUGCUACCGCCACCUAUCAGGAGCUCUGUCGGCAGCGGAUGGCGGUCAAACCUCCCACCGAGCGCCAGGAACCCAUCUCCUCCAGGAUCAACAGCGUGUCGUCUCAGUUUAGCGACGGCGGUCCGGCUGUCAGCCCCUCAGCACGGAGUAGCAUCUCCUCCUGGAGCGAAGAGCCUGCUCACUCCAACAUGGACAUCUCCACUGGUCACAUGAUCCUGUCCUACAUGGAGGAUCACCUGAAGAACAAGGACCGCCUGGAGAAGGAGUGGGAGGCUCUGUGUGCCUACCAGGCCGAACCCAACGCCUGCACCGUCGGCAUGAAGGACGGCAACGCCAAGAAGAACCGCUCCACUGCUGUCGUGGCAUAUGAUCACUCCAGGAUCACCUUGAAGGUGGAGAACAGCCAAGGAAACUCAGAUUACAUCAACGCCAGCCCGAUCAUGGAUCACGAUCCCAGGAACCCGGCUUACAUCGCCACUCAAGGCCCUCUGCCCUCCACUGUGGCUGAUUUCUGGCAGAUGGUAUGGGAGAACGGCUGCGUGGUCAUCGUUAUGCUGACGCCACUCGUCGAGAGCGGGGUGAAGCAGUGCUACCAUUACUGGCCCGACGAGGGAUCCAACCUCUACCACAUUUACGAGGUUAACCUGGUGUCCGAACACAUCUGGUGCGAUGACUUCCUGGUCCGUAGCUUCUACCUGAAGAACAUGCAGACCAACGAGACACGGACGGUCACUCAGUUCCACUUCCUGACUUGGCUGAACCAGAACGUGCCGGAGACUAGCCGGACACUCCUCGACUUCCGCAGGAAAGUUAACAAGUGCUACCGGGGACGCUCGUGUCCUAUCAUAGUCCACUGCAGUGACGGCUCAGGAAGAUCUGGGACCUACGUUCUGAUCGACAUGGUCCUCAACAAGAUGGCUAAAGGUGCCAAGGAGAUUGAUAUUGCGGCGACUCUGGAGCACCUACGAGACCAAAGGCCGGGGAUGGUGCAGACCAAGGAUCAGUUUGAGUUUGCGCUGACGGCCGUUGCAGAGGAGGUGAACGCCAUACUGAAAGUUCUUCCACAGUAG